GAAGAUCUACAAAGUGGAACAAAUUACCAACUGGGUCUGCAGGCCUAUACCAGAGGGGGGCAAGGCCCAAUCAGAUCAUUCAGUGUUGUAACUAAUGAUAAUGCUGUCGGUUUAAUCCUCGCCAUUCUCAUCCCCAUUGUUGUCGCCGUUGUACUCGGUAUAGUCACAAUUGCCAUAUGCUACCACAAAAGAGAAUGGAUCAAAGAAACCUUCUACCCAGAUAUUCCAAACCCUGAAAACAGCAAAGCUCUGCAGUUUGAGAAGAAUGUCAGCGAGGGUACCAAAACUAUUAAAACACUGGAGAUGAACCCAUGUACCCCUAACAGUGUUGAGGUGGUUGAGUCCUUUUACACCGUUCCAAAAAUCCUGGACACGGAACUGAAUUCUCCAAUGUCCGAAAGCGGUCAGCUUCCAGAAGAUGGUUCAGAGGCUCCUGAUGAUGAUCACAUUGUUGUUUCUUAUUGUCAACCCACUGUUCAUGGAGAUACAUCUAAUCCAGUGCUAGAUGAGUCGGCCACUCCUUCCCAGGUGGUGUAUAUAGAUGUUCAGUCCAUGUACCAACCACAGGCCAACUCCGAAGAAGAGCUGGAAAGUGACUUUUUGGAUAGCAGUGGUUACAAGCCACAAAUGCAGCUACCUAUAAACUCUUUGACCAUAGACAACCAGGCGCCUGCAGAAGAUACCAUAGUGGAAUCUGCAGGUUAUAGACCUCAGGGACAUCCUAAUACCUGGGCUGCGGAUUCACCAGGUUCACCUACAUCCAUUGGAAGUGAAAAUGCUUCUUUUGGAAGCCCUUGCUCUGUAAACUCCAGACAUUUCUUAAUCCCCCCAGUGGACAACAAAGACUCCCUCAAACCAACCCAUAUAGGAUGGUCAAUAUCUUCUCUCUUUCAGAACAAACAGGAUGAUUGA